CCGAAGCGGCCGGCCGCCCUUCCGCUCCCUCUGCGCAGCCUCGGAGGCGCGAGGCAUCACGGGGCUUGUAGUCCGUCCCGCGGCCGCGCCUCCCGACACUACAACUCCCACUGGGCAGCGGGACGCAGCUCCCGCACCGACCGUGUAGGCCGGCCACUUCGCGGCGGGUCCGGGCUGCCGCCGCGGGGGCGGGGCGCAGAGAUGGCGGACGCGGUCGUGGGCAAGGACAAGUGCGGGGAGCAGCGGCUGGUGUCGCUGCCCCUGUCCCGCAUCCGGGUCAUCAUGAAGAGUUCCCCCGAGGUGUCCAGCAUCAACCAGGAGGCGCUGGUGCUCACGGCCAAGGCCACGGAACUCUUUGUUCAGUAUCUUGCCACCUAUUCGUACAGACAUGGCAGUGGAAAAGAAAAGAAAGCACUCACUUACAGUGAUUUAUCAAAUACCGCAGAAGAAUCAGAAACUUUUCAGUUUCUUGCAGAUAUAUUACCAAAGAAGAUUUUAGCUAGUAAAUAUCUGAAAAUGCUUAAAGAGAAGAAGGAAGAAGAGGAGGAGGAGAAUGACAGCAACGAUGAGCGUGAUGACGAGGAAGCAGAACCCUAGACCGAAGAGAAGCGCUUCAGAGACUGGUCUGGGCAGGGCCCCCGGGGGUUGGCGCCUUUGCUCCGAGCAGGCUCAAGUCUGUUCGUUCUUCAGAGACUUCCCGCACCUUGUGUUCUUUCCUGGCUGAAACUGAGCAUAGCAGCCUGCCUCUGCUGUACAUCGCCAGAAGGAAAGGAACCCAGACAGCAGCUUCCCUUCCCAGACCCACGCUGCAGCUGGGGUGGGGGGACCAAGAAAAGGCUGUGUACAUGAGCCACAGCCAGUCUGCAGCUGUGAGCUGUAGAGGCAGAGAUGACUUUGCUUACCUUUCUGGUUUACAGAUAGGUUUUGAAGAACUUCUAAAUAUCAGUUAUGUAAAUUCACAUAUGUAUAUUUUGAAAUUAGUUUUUGUAAACAGCUAGAUCCUGUUUUAGCUAAACGUGUAGUCUGUGGUUAGUAUGUUACAUUUGAACUUUUUUACUUCAAGAAAAUUUGUUUGGCUUUGUAUUUGUCUAAGUACUGCAUUUUUUUUUAACCUGUAAAGAAAUAAAUUUUUCAUUUUUAAAAGCUGUACAUAUUUUUAAAGUGAAAUGUUUUAUGGAACUAGUUUUAGAACCCUCUGUUAUUCUAAUGCCCCGCUUAUUACCUGGAAACAUUUGUGAAAUUUAAAAAUAAGUACUUUCUUUUUUUGGCUGUGUUGCACAACAUGUGAGAUCUUAGUUCCCCGACCAGGGAUCGAAUCCAUGCUCCCUGCAGUGGAAGCACAGAGUCUUAACCACUGGACCACUGGGGAAGUGCAGAAAUAAGCAUUUUCUAGUACCUUUAUUCCUGGAGAAGAAUUUCAAGUCAAAUUAUUAAAUCAAAUACAGUAAGAAAUAUUACCUCUGUGUAAGCAUGUUUUUCUUAAAAAAUUAUAAAGCAUUUUGUGUAUUGAAGAUCUCUCAUUUU